CACAUUCCGUUCCAAAUCUAUUUGUGUAUUCUCUUUUGUUUUCAUCAAUAACUUGUUGAACAACAAUACGAUUUAUUGUAUAAAAAAAAAACAAAUAAUUGUGCUAUUCUUUACAUAGGCUGUCUAUCACCUCAUAAUCAUGGACAAGUUAAGACGUGUGCUAAGCGGCGAUGAGCCAACUCCCGAGGAGGAAAGCAGCAUCAUUACACAGAUUAAUGACAUGUCCACAUUAAGCUGGUCCACACGUAUCAAGGCAUUCUGCAUUUGCUUUGUAUUGGGCAUUCUGUUAUCUCUUUUGGGUUCCAUUGCCCUAUUUCUUCAUCGCGGAAUUGUGGUCUUUGCGGUUUUCUAUACAAUUGGUAAUCUUGUAUCGAUGGCUAGUACUUGCUUCCUCAUGGGUCCCUUUAAGCAAAUAAAGAAAAUGUUUGCCGAAACUCGUUUGAUAGCCACCAGCAUUGUAAUUGUGGCCAUUGUGAUGACCUUUGUCUCAGCCAUUGUGUUGAAAAAAGCUGGACUCACGCUUAUAUUCAUAAUCAUACAAUCAUUGGCUAUGACAUGGUAUUCCCUAUCCUAUAUACCAUAUGCCCGGGAUGCGGUCAAGAAAACCGUAUCCGCUUGUUUCGAAGUCUAGGGGCUUAAUGAUAUUAUUACAAUUAUAUAUAUAUAUAUACUAUAUAUAAUUAUUAUUACUUAUGUAAUGUCAUGUAAAAAUCUUACAUACUUUGUAUUAAUAUGAUAGCUUUAGCUAAUUUUCUCACUUUACAUUGUAUUAACAGAAUUUUCGUCUCUA